AUGCAGAAUAAGGCAAUAUCAUCUGCGUCCACAUCUUCCUCCUCCUCGCCGUCCCCUGCUCUCAAAGCUACCGAUCAGCAACAACGUCUCGAUUUUUCCGCGCUUCCACGCCUCAUACCCAGUGAAGGAAAUAACACUACCGAAACAUCAUUAUGGUACGUCGUUGCAACCGCAGCAUUGUUGUCCUUCCACCAGGAGCCCGCUGUUGGUGAACUAUGGAAGUAUAUCAACAAUCUGAGCGCCCUCAAUGAAGACACAAAAAUCGCGAUUGCCCGAAGAAUCCGAGAAUGUUGUUUGAAAGCUAGUGUCCUUGUUGGAUUUCCUCGAGGUAUAAAUUCGCUGUCCUCGCUCCAAUCUUCAAUCGAAACCAAUUCGCCGGACCUUCUUCCCGCUCUCUCUAAAGACGUAUCCCUUCGUGCCCCCGUGCCACUUGAGGAAAAACUUAAACGCGGAAAGCAUUUCUUUUCUCAAAUAUAUUCUAACCACACCGACCGAAUCUUAGCCAAUAUGGGGAAAAGCUCUGGGGGAGACUUGAGUGACUUUGCCAUACGGAGUGUUUACGGAGAACUCAUGGGCGAAAUGAGAAUUCUCAACCCGAUGGAAACUGUUAUGAUGGAGUUUGUCUGCUGUUUGGCAGAUAAUGUUGCGCCACAGGCCAAAGGGUGCGGUUGCAAUCUUUCCCGUCCUACCGAUCCGCACACACUAAUGGUAUAUCUCUAG